GCUGCGCAGGCGCCGAGCCCCCACCCGCGCUGCCCCCGGUCACCUCCGGUGCCGCCCGCGCGUCCCGGCCCGAGCAGAGCCGCAGCGGGACCGCGACCGCACCGUGGGGCCCCGGUGGGGACCGGGCUGUCACUGUGGGGACGGUGAGCCCGCUCCGAGUGCGGGUGCAUCUGAUUGCCUGCUGGAAGCACUUCAAAGUCUCCACAAUGAGCUCGAUGUUGAUGUUAUUUUUUGCUGGAAUUCUCUGUUGUGCUUGCUCGGCUGGUGACUCGGUACCCAAGUUGCUCCUCGUGUCCUUUGAUGGCUUCAGGGCUGAUUACUUGGAAACCUACAAACUUCCUCAUCUCCAGGAGUUCAUUGAGGAUGGUGUGCUUGUAAAAGAAGUCAUCAAUGUUUUUAUCACCAAGACCUUCCCAAACCAUUACACCAUAGUGACAGGUUUAUAUGAGGAGAGCCAUGGCAUUGUGGCUAAUGACAUGUAUGAUGCAGAUGCCAAGAAAAAUUUUUCACAGUUCAACGAUUCAGAUCCCUUCUGGUGGAAUGAUGCAGUUCCAAUUUGGGUAACAAAUCAACAGCAGGGAAAGGGAGCAAGUGCUGCUGCAAUGUGGCCCGGUAGUGAUGUAAAAAUCAACAACAUGACCCCUCAUUUCUUCAUGAAAUACAACUUCUCUGUGACGUUUGAGGAGAGAGUGGAGAGAAUUGUGGAGUGGCUGAACAGCUCUGACCCAGUGGUCAAUUUUGCUGUGCUCUACUGGGAAGAACCGGAUGCAAGCGGGCACAAGUACGGCCCAGGCGACACCGAGAACAUGCACAGAGUGCUGGAAGAAGUGGAUAAACAUGUUGGCUUCCUUGUGAACAAACUGAAGGCAUCGGGCCUGUGGGACACUGUAAAUGUCAUAAUAACAAGUGACCAUGGCAUGGCCUCCUGUUCUGCAGAGAAGCUGAUUGUCCUGGAUGAAUGCAUCGGGCGCAAUAACUACACCCUGAUAGACAGGACUCCUGUUGCUGCAGUGCUGCCACGGCAGAACAAAGAAGAUGUGUAUAACUUACUCAAAAAUUGCAGCAGUCACAUGAAGGUUUAUCUGAAAGAAGAAAUUCCAGACAGAUUCCAUUAUCGCCAUCACAAGAGAAUCCAGCCCAUAAUCCUGGUUGCAGAUGAAGGCUGGACAAUUGUACAGAACGAGUCCCUCUCCAAGUUGGGGGACCACGGCUAUGACAACGCCCUGCCCAGCAUGCACCCGUUCCUGGCCGCGCGCGGUCCGGCCUUCCGGCGCGGCUCCAGCCACGGCCGCCUGGACAACGUGGACAUCUACCCCAUGAUGUGCCACGUGCUGGGGCUCGCCCCGCGGCCGCACAACGGCACCUUCGCCAACACCAAGUGCCUGCUGGCUGACCAGUGGUGCAUCAGCGUCCCUGAGGCCAUCGGGAUCGUCAUCGGGGUUUUCAUGGUGCUCAGCACCUUCACCUGCAUCAUCAUCAUCUCCAAGAACAGAGUGGCUCCCUCCCGGCCCUUUGCCCGGCUCCAGUUACAGAGCGAUGACGAUGAUCCUUUGAUUGGAUAGCGCGGAGGGAGCCUCGCUUCCCACCUUGUGAUUUCAGGAGAACAGUUUCAAUUUGCACUGGAUGGCAUUCUUUGUUUGAUGCACUUUAUCUGUGUAAAAUACUGUACAGCCAGAUCCUGCUGACUUGUGUGACUAGUGUAAUAUAAAAAUAUUUUCAUAACCAUAGAGAGAACGGGUGGCUUUUUACUGGAAGAGAUGCUUAACAAAAUAAGGAUGCUUAGUUUUUCAUUCAAGCCUCUGAAUGCUUUCAGAAGGAGACUCCAGAGUGUGACUAGCCAGGAUAGACAAAGUGAAUUUUAAUAUUUGUAAAUAAUAAUUGCUUUUUUGUAUUAAAUUAAUAUUGACUACUUUAGUGUUCUUACACCUGUGUUGGAAAGAAAAAUUUAUUGAGAGUUAGGAGGUGGUUUUGUUUAGAGAGUAUAUUUUGGUGUGCCCUUAAAUUUGGGGAAAGAGAAGAACCAAGACUUCUGUUUCUACCCCAAGUCAACAAUAUGACAAGAAAUUUCUGAGAAAGAAAAUAGAAGUCAGGGAUUAAAAAACUGGUGCAUAUCUCUUCUAUUUUGAGCAAUAAAAUAUGUGGUUCAUCCCUUUACAAGCCUAGGCAGGUAGCUCUGAUAUUUCUGGAUAUGUGUCUCUGGAUGAUUUAGAUCCACAGGUCCAGCUGGGAUGGCACUACUGCCUUAUCUCAAGAAAUUCAGUUUAACUUGGGAGUCUUUGAAUUUGAAUUACCCAGUUUCAUCAGCUGCAGUGUAAAAUCACUGCUCCUGAACCCUAUCAAAAAUUUCUCGGGAGUAAAUUGUGCUGAAGGUCAUCUUGAGAUAAAGGUGGUUCUGCCCUUUGUACCAGCUCAUGGUUGUCUCUUGAAGGUUGUUUUGCUAAAAAGCAAAAACUGAAAGUUUGAUGUGCAUGUCAUCAAGCAAGGAUUUCAAACUCAUAUUUUAAACCCCAGAAAUUUAAAAGAAGAAGUUAGCAGAUACUAACUUAAAAAAUAAAUUAUCUGUAAUGCUUGAGGUACAUAGAUGCAAAUUCCUGCUGAAGACCAGAGCUAACUGUUCUCUUAAUUGAAACUCUUGAUUCUUUGUUAAUGGUCAUGUAGUAACUUGCUAUAAAAAACAGUUUGAUUGAGAAAUCCUUAAAUGGUACCUUAACUUUCAGUGAGAUGAAAUUGUUACUGCUAAUCCAAAAAGAGAACUACAGUUAUCAAGUCCUUUUCCUACAAGUCUGAUGACUUUAAAAAUAAAGUGACAGAGGUACCUGGUAGCAAUGGGGUUUCUCUUUCACAGCUUCAGGUUCAUUGCAGUUUGAUGUUAGCCACAGCCUUUUAGUGAUCCAGCAGGGAAGGAGCAGGAACUUUGGAGGGAAGGGGUUACUUUGAACUGCCUACUGGAAAAAAUAAACUUGAGUUUUACAAAUGUGUGGAAGUUUCAGUAAUGUGUGUCUUCCUCUCUAGGGAUUCCAUUGUACUUGAUUAAAAACACAGUCCAAAACCUAA